UCAGUUUAUUUUUUUAUUUUUCAUUAUUAUCAUCGCUUAGAACUAUUUUAGAAUGUGCAAUAAUAACUCUGGAUCAUCUGGCCAAGGCCAGUGUGGCUGCCCAAAUCCCUCGUGUAGACCACCUCCGUCACCGCGACCGACAUGCCGUCCACAGCCGACGCUCUUCCAGAAGCUCAACUGUACUUCCUGUAAUCGACUUUUCUUUUUUAUCGUUGGCGCGGGCGUUGGUCUCUACUGGAACAAGUUGAAGGAGGCCGCGAAGAAGGCACAAGAAGAGGCCAAUAAGGAUCCCAAGCAAAGAGAAAAGGAGCGAAAGGAGAGGGAGAAGAAAGAGAAGGAAGCGCAAGAUAAGCGCGAAAAGGAACGCAAAGAACAAGAAAAGAAAGAUCAGAAAGCGGAAAAGGAGAGAAAGGAGAAGCAGAAGAGGGAUUAGUCACAUCUAAGAAGAGCGAAUCUGCAGAAUCCCAAAGAGAAAUUUCAAUGCACUUUUUUUUUUCUCAAUCCGAAUAAAUAAAAUUGACUAAAACCA